AUGGAAGAGCCGGCUCAGGUUCCCAUCAGGCUGAUGGAUGUAGCCGGCUUCCAAGUGUGCACAUCACCCUCCCCGGCCCCUAAAGCCUUCCCAUUUGAGAGGGAAGAGACCCAAGACGCACAGCAACACCCGCAGGCUGCCUCUGGCUCAGGGCAGGGAUGGGUUUGCAGCCGUCUCGGUACCUCUGCAACCCCUAACCUGAUUUCCUCAUUUCCCAACAGAGAAAUGAAGGUCUGGCACAGAGUAGUGAUCGCAGUGGUGUCUCUGGUACUGCAGGCCUGCCUCAUCGCAGCCGUCAACUACCUGCUCAGCAGGCGCAUGGCCAAGGAGAAUGAGCGGAUACUGGAAAAGGCCAGGCUCCAGGUCCCCAGGCCCAGCCCUGCCCACUACUGCCCACCUGCUGCCAAGGAGAUGAAGGAGACUCGGGCAGAGAGAAGCACUCCUGUGCCUGAGCCCCGUUACCCGCAUGACAGUGACACGUCCUCAGACAGCUCCGACAGCUCGGACGGCUCACCUCCCACCCACCAGGCCACCAAGGAUGUGAACUACACACAAGUGGUCUUUUCAGCUCCUGGAGGACAAAGAAAUGACUCUGUCCUGGACUAUGAGAACAUAGAGGAAGCCACAGAUUACAUCAAUGUCAAACCAAAAAGCCACAAGCCCAGUUUCUGGACUUCUGUGAACCCUGGUGUCUUUGAGCGAGUGGAAUACCCAAGUGGCCAUGUGAAUUCUAGGCUUUUUAAUGGGGUGUAGUUCCUUAUGAAUUCUUGCACUUAUUUUGUAGGGGGACUAGUGUUUGGGGGUUUUUUUUGACAAGGAAAUAGGAGAAAAAGUAUGCCUGUAUGUCAGCAAGGAAUAUUCAGAUUAGGAAGAACUUCCAGGUUAAGUAUGGAAACUUUGGCACAUAUCAGUAGAGAAAGUGAUGAAGUCUCUCUCCAUAAAAAAAUUUUUAAAGAUUUUAAUCAACUGUAGUAGAGUUCUGUUUGACAGUCUUAUGAUUAAAUGCCUCUCUGAGCUAUUUAAUUAUUGGCAAUAAACAACUGCCUUAAAAUUUUUAAAUAAAACAGCAACCACAGGUCCCUCUUUUCCUCUGGCUUAACCUUGCAUGCUGUUCCUUUAUUAGUAUUGUAUCUUGCUGAGUAAUCCUGCUCUGCCCUCAGAACUUUAAAUAGUGCAUUUGGAAAGCUCACCAUUACUUAACCUUUGAAUCUGCUGUUCUUAGAAAAGAAAGAUGAGAGUAGUAAAUGCCAACUAGCAUCACAAUCUGUUAUUCCAAAAAAACUUUCCAAAUUCAAUCCAAUAAAAAUCAAUAUCCAUUCUUGGUUUGUGGUUG